GGAGUUACGCGGCAACUAACUUUUCAGAGAAUUUCGCUGAAAGUUUGUGAGUUGAGUUUCGGAGCAUCCAGCGAGUUUAUAAGGAAAUGUUCGACGAGUUUUAAGAGUUCCUGCGAUAGUCACGGUCUCGUGGUGUGAGAGUUCCCGUGGCGGCUGGCAGCGAGGAGAGUUUUGAGGUGCUGAAGGUGCUGGGUCGCGGCGCCUUCAGCACGGUGCACCUGGUGCGCAAGGUCGGCGGCGUGGACGACGGGCGCAGCUACGCCCUGAAGGAGCUGCGGAAGGGGCAGUACAGGACCCGGGAGACGCUGUCCAGGUUCCUCCUGAAGGAGCGGCGAGUGCUGGAGGCUGUCGGCGAGGCGCCCUUCCUCCUGCACCUGCACUACGCCUUCCAGAUGGAGCAGUCGGCCUUCUUCGUGGUCGACCACGCGGCGGGAGGCGACCUCACCGCCGUGCUGGAGGACCUGGGGUUCCUGCCGGAGGCCCAGGCCCGCCUGGUGCUAGCCCAGCUCUUCACGGCCCUGGACACCCUCCACUCACUCGGCGUGAUCCACCGCGACGUGAAGGCCGACAACGUGCUGGUGGACGGCGAGGGCCACGUGGUGCUGGCCGACUACGGGCUGUGCUCAGAGCCGGUGGAGGAAGGCUGCCUCGUCCGCCGCACCUUCUGCGGCACGGUGGAAUACAUGGCGCCCGAGGUGCUCCAGAGGACUCCGCCCGGCUACACUGCCGCCGUGGACUUCUGGGGCGCGGGCGUGCUGGGCUUCGAGCUGCUGACGGGGAUCCUGCCCUUCGACCCCAAGAACAAGGGCGACAGGAGGAAGACGAUGCACAAGAUCAUCAACAAGGAGCCGCAGUACCCACCGCGCCUGUCGCCCGAGGUGGCGGACUUGCAAGACGCCCCACCAGCGCCUCGGAGGGCCGGCGGCUGACCUGGCGGAGGUGAAGCUGCACCCAUUCUUCCUGGACCUGUACUGGGAGGAUCUGCCGCCCCCUUCGCGGGGAGAGAGGGGCCGGAGUGGGCCGCAGAGAGCCCCGAGGACGAGGACGCCUCAGAGGUCGGCGAGGUGCCAGAGCUCCUGCAGGAUACCUGUCAGGCUUCGACUACACUUCGCCAGUCCACCAGCAGCCCUCGGCCAAACCUCAGCCUCCGUCCAGUCCACUGCCUCCGGCAAGUCAACAGCUCACGUCCAGUCUACGGCCCAUGUCUAGUCCACUGCCCAUGCCCAGUCCUCUACCCCCAUCCAGUCCACGGCCCACGUCCAGUCCACUGCCAAUGUCCAGUCCACGGCCCCCGUCCAGUCCACAUCCUGUCCCGUCGGCGACACCAUCAGGAGUUGAGUCAGCUGCUGUGACCCCGGGCAGGACUUGCGAAGAAGACGAGUGUGAACAAACGAGCUUGAAGAACGGUAACCAUACCGAAGAAUUUCCGAGUGAAGAGUCAGACAUUCAUAACGAAGGACAAAUUAAGGUCAAACCGAAAGGAAAUCGGUUUAAGAGAGUGGUUAGAGAUUUCUUCAAGAUUCUAAGGAAGCUACUGUGUUGUAUUUGAUUGAGAACUGACAGUAGGGAUAGUGUAUUUUUGGGCAAGUUAAUCUAAAUUUGGUGAUGUGGACUGUACGGUGUUGGUGCAAUUUCGAUCUGAAAAUUUAUUAAUAUCUAUAUUUUUUGUCUUGAGUUUAACUGAAAAUACAAAUAUUGUUUAAAGAAAAA